AUGAACGAGAUUGCCUAUCCCCUGACUCAAUUCCAAAGAUACUCAUCUCGCCAAAUUAACAAGGUUACUUACUACUGUCAAUCUCUGAAUGCUCCUUAGAAGGAUGUUUCCGAAAAGAAAAACCAAAUAUAUAAUUGGUAAGUGAGACACAUUAAUCAAGGUUGAGAAAUUUGCCAACACAACAAUUGGAGCAAGUAUUAUCCUUCACCUCUUAUUACAGAGUUCAUUCCUUUCUAAAGAUGUUUAAUUAGGAUUAAAAGUUGCUACAUGAAUAUCUGGAAUUGUCUCAUUCCCCAUAUGAAGUUAAUGUAAAAAUCCAAAUACAUCAAUAUUAUUAUGUGAGAGAGUGCAAUCGAAUAGAUAUGACUGAAGAGUGGAGAUCUGCUUAAUAAGUAUGAAUAGCCCUAAAACAAUAGUAUAUUCUUGAUCAUGCAUACAUUUCAGAUUAUGAAUGGCUAUUAGAUACCGUUACAAUUAAAGGCAAUAUUGAGGAAAUUAUUUAAUCGUUUGAAAUAUUAUCCAAGAAAUUGAUAUUCACAAAAUCUUGGAGAAUUGAGACAAAUGAGGAUGAGGAAUACUCAGAAAUUAAUUUUGAUUUAUAAUAAAAUCAAAAAAUGUUCUGGACCUUAUCAGAACACAUUGUAAACGAAAUUGAAAAGGCCAUCUUAAUAAAGUAACAUUUUGUAAAUACAACUUAAGAUUCUAAUAAUUUGAACAAAAAUGCAAUUAUACUAAAUAAGAUUAAUUAUUAAACUUUCAUUAAAUUGAAUUAAAUUUCAAUAAUAUCAAUUAUGAAUUAGAAACUCAAGAAUUUUAGAAAGUUUUGGAAUAAUCUAAAGUAGAAAUGUAGUUUAUUGAUGAAAAAGUACUAUUAUAAAGUUGGUCUGAACAUAUUAAAUAUGAAAAUUUUAAUUUGAAUAAUCUUGAACAAUAAAUCCAAUAUUUGAUAUAGGACAAAGGUUAACUUUUUUAAUCACCGCUUAAAUUUACGAGUAAAUAUUAAAUUAAAACCUAUAGUUAAGGAAUCCUUCUUGUUUUGCAAAUAUUUAAUUUGUAAAUAAUUAAAAAUUACCUAUCCCUUAAAAAAACCUGUUGAGGAGAAUCUCAAAGAAAAAAAAAAACCAAAAUAAAAGCUUUCUGAUUUGAAACUAUUCUCAAGUUAAAGUUAGGCUGAUGUGGAAUAAUUGAAAUAAGUUGUUUCCUAUUUUCCAAAUUCUGGAAAGUCAAAAAUCUUACCAGAAACUGAAUAAAGACUAUUUAGUACUAAUUUAGAGGAAAAAGAACAGUAAAUUUAUGAGCAUUCGACAGGGUUUAUGAAAAAAUUGAUUGAAACUGUUUUGAUAGAACUUGAAAAUUUUAAAUAAUAUAAAAAGAAACUUAAGAAAGUUAAAAAUAAUAAAAAAUAAGUAAUUGAAAUUUUGUAGCCAGAACCCCCCGUAUAAGUAUCUCAAGAUAUUAUAAAAGAUGAUGAAUGGAAUGAUAAACCAAAGUCUAAAAAAUAAAGGAAAAAGCAGCUUGAAAAAUAAAGGAAAAAAGAGUAAAAUUAUCAAGUGAUAUUUCUAGCAAUUUAGAAAGAAAGAAACUCAAAUAACUGAAUCAAUCGUAAUAGCUUAGUGUGUAAUAAGAUGAAAAAAUAGAGAAAUCAUCUAAAUCUUCUAUCAAGGAUGAUAAUGAAGAUAUUGAAAAUGAUAAUGAUAAUGAAGAACAAAUAUUUGAAUAAUAAUAAUAAUAAUAAUAGUAAUAAUAAUAGUAAUAAUAAUAAUAAUAAUAAUAAUAAUAAUAAAAUAGUUAGAUCAUUGAAAAAACAAUUUAAGAAAUUCCCAUAACCAUUUAUUAAUUACCUGAUGAUGAAAGUGAUUACAUUGAAGUUUAGAAUAAAAAGCAAUAGAAAAAGUAAAGUAAGUCAAAAUCUUCUAGACACAAAAAGUAGGCCAACAAGAAAGAUAAGGACUUUUAAGACAAUCAAUCACUGCCAGAUGAAUAACAGUAUAUUCCGGCAUUAAAAAAAUCUACUUCACAAUCUGUCCAAAAGAAUAAUCAUCACUAAUAUGAUGAAUUAAAAUUGGAAAGGAUGCAAUCUUCACAGCAAAAUAGGAUGACUUUACAAAAAAAAGAGAAUGGAAUGAAUAAAAUUCAAAGGUCAGGUUUAGUCAAAUCAAAAGCUUAAAAUAAAGAAUAGAAGUUGUACACAUACAAUUUAGAUCAAGCAUAAUUAUAAAAGAUCUAUAAAUUAAUUUUGGAAUAAAAGAUUACAAAUGAUGUGAAAUAUAUAUAUCAAAAAGAGAUUGAUUAAUUCAAUAGAUACAAGGUAUCUAGGGAUAUAUCUAUUCAAAGAGUCUAACAUGUUAUCAAAUCAUAUUUUUAGAAUUGUGAUACUGAAAUCUUUGGAUCAUCUACAACUGGCUUAGCCUUAAAAGAUAGUGAUGUUGAUAUGGUUGUUUAUGGUUUACAUGCAUACACAAAAUAAUAAUUAUUUGAACCCAUGAGAAAAUUGAUAGAGAUAUUUAGUGAAUUAAAAUGGACUGUGUAAUGCAAGUAUCAAUUAUUUACUAUAAUUAAGACAUAUAUUUUAAGCUUCAGUGCCACUUAUAAAAGUUUUAGUAGAUCCUUCUAUAGACUUUCUUUCGUUCAAAGGAGAGCCAAAAUAUAUCUUAAUGCAGUGCAGAAAUCUUGAUCUCAAUUUAAAAUAUGGAGACCCAAGUAAUUUUGAUUUUAACUUUAGGUUAACAUAUCUUCAUUGAUAUCACCUUUGAAUUGACUCCUCCAUAUCCAAUAUAUAAUCCAUAUAUCUAAGCAUAUAAUAUUGGUUUUUAAUCGACUCAAUACACGAUUGAUAUAUGCGAUAAAAUUCAAGGGUUCUCAGAAGUAGCAAUAUACUUAAAGAAAUUGCUCAAGAUAAAAGACCUAAAUGAUUCAUACACUGGUGGUAUUAGUUCAUUCUGUUUAACUAUUAUGUUGGCGGCCAUAGGGUAGGAUCACAAUAUUGGUUAAAAACUAAUUAACUUCUUACACAAAUAUGGAUGUAAUUUUGAUCCAAAUAAAUGGGCUAUAUAUCUAGAUGAAAAAGGAUAAAAUAACUUUUGCAAUAUUGAAGACGAAUAAUCAAAUUAGCCGCUUACAAUUAUUUCACCAAUCAAUUUACAAAAAAUUCAAAUUAACGUGACGAAGAUCUAAACUAUCUUAUAGUUGUUUCAGUAAUUGUAUAUUGAAAUAAUGCAGAAUAUUGAUUAGAUUGAAUCUAGCUUAUAAAAAAAAAUCAACUAAAAAGAUUUAUUGGAUCAUUACAAUAGUCACUAAAUAUAAAAAUUAGUUGACCUUGUCUUUUGGCAAUGUCCUAAUCUACUAGAAAGCCACAUUUAAUGA